AUGCUCUGCUUAUCAUAUCAUUUUUUUAAAAUCAAAGUUUCUAAUGGAAGUGAAGUUGAAUCAUUAGAAACUCAAGUUCAAGCCUGUUUGUUCCUAUUACUAUCUGAUGCAACUAGCACACCUUGCCAGUUUCUUAUAUUUCACCCCCAAGGAGAAUAUGUGAAUAUGCAUCCUCAUACUAAUCUUUAUACUCUUUUCAGUAAUAAUCCUAAUCAAAAUAUUAUUCAUGAACGCUCAUUCUUAGAGUUAUCAUCAUCAGAAGAUUUCUUAUUAUCAUCUUCAUCCUCAGUAUCUUUGGUAGAUAUAUUUACUUCAAGUUCCG